UAUGAUUGUUUAAAUAAAAUAUCGCCUAUUAAGUGCAAGUUUUUAGGUGUAGAAGUCGUUGUUUAGGAAACAAUAUUAGAUAUGGUAUUAAAUAAGAAGAUUUUAUUUCGAGAAUGUGCUUAGGUAUAUUCUCUUUAUUAGGGCUUUAGGGUAACAUUAUAUAUAUAGUGUACAUUGCCUUGCUACACAUUCCUAUAUUUUUACGCUUCUUAAAGUUAGAGAUGUCGACAAACAAGAGUGUUACAUUGCUAAACAAUUUGAAGCCGAGGUUGACUAAAUCGCGUGUGCAGGUUAAGCUGAUUCAUUCAUGGAAACAAACCCCUCCCUAUGCUAAUGAUCAAACACUAGAAAUGGUUUUCGCGGAUGAGACUGGUGUUAAGAUCCAUGCAUCAUGCAGCAGAUCACACAUGUUUCGGACUGAGCGUAACCUUCGUAUUGGAGAGUGGGCAGUCAUUGAAAACUUUAAGGUUUCCAGUGUGGGCAAAGGGAAAUUCCGACCAACAAAUAAUCAGUAUAAAAUGACUAUCACCGGUGACUCAGUUUACAGCAAAUCCGACCAUCAAGAUGAUAGCAUCUUUUUGACCUUAGCUGAUUAUGAAAACAUUUUAAAGGGGCUUCAAGAUGUUAACAUUCUCAUUGACAUAAUUGGUCAACAGUAUGACAUUUCUGACGUUCAAAUAAUUCAAGUCAAAGGUGAAGAUCGAAAGAGAGUGCAGUUUCGCAUGAGAGACCUCAGUGGUAACAAUUUGGCUUUUUGUCUUUGGGGAUCAUAUGCUGAGCAACUCGAAAAUGCUGUGCUAGAAUCAAACGAAGUUUGGUUAUUAAGGUUUGCCAAAAUCAACACUUUCAGAGGUGAAAUUCAAAUUACUAAUUCAUUUGAUGCAUCCAUCUUGGAUCUGAAUCCAACAGUGGCUGAGGCUGUGGAGAUGAGGAAAAGGCUAGAAGAUAAUCCACUUCUUCUUGCUCUAGCUAACAAGAAGGAUGAGAAAAGAGAAAUCAUAAAUAUUGUGGAUGAUUGGAAUGAUAUUGGGAUUACCUCAGAGAAAGGACUGAAAAUUUUCUAG